CAAAGUCUUCUAGGCCAGUUUAUGCAUCCCUUAUGUAGAGAUUUUUGCCUUCUUAUAAAUAUGCCAAGCCACACUGAUCAUUCAUUUUCUACAAAAGCAUUGGGAAAUUGUUUUUCCAUUAACAAUGACUCUCAUUUCUUGCUUUUCUGAGCCCAUGAUAUUGCUACAGCACAUUGUGGCGGCAUGUGGAGGUAAGAAGAAGGGCGAUUCGAACAAGAAGAUGAUCAAAGGAACCGUCGUUUUGAUUACAAAGGAUGUCCUAGAUUACAAUGAUUUCUUCGGGGAUGCUCUUAGUAACAUUCGAGAAGAAGUCGAUGAAUUUGUUGGCCAACAAGUCUCUCUCCAACUCAUCAGUGCUGUUCGUGCUGAUCCUGCUGAAAAUGGAGGUCGUGGAAAACUUGGAAAUUUGGCAUAUUUGGAGGAUGUCAUCACUACAAAAACACAGGCAGUUGUUGGAGAAUCAGCAUUCAGCGUCUCAUUCGAGUGGGAUGAAGAAGAACUUGGAAUUCCAGGAGCAUUCAUCAUCAAUAAUUUUCAUCACAGGGAAUUCUUCCUCAAGAAUGUGAUUCUUGAAGAUGCAUCAUCAGGAGAAGGUCAUCGAAUUGUCUUCCUCUGUAAUUCUUGGGUUUAUCCAGCAAAAAAUUACACAUAUGAUCGCGUUUUCUUCUCAAAUCAGGUACUUAUUAUUUUGGAAAGCGAAUGAUUAUAUAACAACAAACGUGACAGUCAUUUUUUUCUUUGUGGGGCGAGAUUUGACUAAUAUAAUGUCUUAUAUAUCUUGGCCAAGACAUAUCUUCCGAGUGAAAUGCCGAAACCACUAUUACCAUUUAGAGAGGAAGAAUUGAAGAAUUUGAGAGGAGAUGGAACCGGAGAACGUCAGGAGUGGGAUAGGGUGUAUGAUUAUGCUUAUUACAAUGAUUUGGGAGAUCCCGACAAGGGUACCACCUACGUUCGCCCUGUACUUGGAGGGUCGCCGGAAUAUCCUUACCCACGGAGGGGAAGGACCGGCAGACCCCCAACCAAGACAGACCCGAAGAGCGAAAGCAGGCUACCUGUGAUAAACGGCAUAAACAUUUAUGUACCAAGGGAUGAACGAUUCGGGCACUUGAAGAUGUCGGAUUUCAUCGCUUACGCGUUGAAAUCCGCAGCACAAGUGUUCCUCCCUGAGUUUGAGUCCUUAAUAUCUCAUGGAAAACUUGACAAAGACUAUGACAAUUUGGAAGAGAUAUAUAGAAUUUAUGAAGAUAGACCUGAUGAUCAACCAGCUCCAACAAAUGAUGAUGGUUUGCUAAGGAGUAUUUCUGGGAGUAUCAAUUCGGAGAUUCUCAAAGAGCUUCUUCGAAAUGAUAAGGAGAAAAACCCCAAGUUCCCUGUACCAAAGGUUAUCAAAGGGGACAAGUCUGCCUGGAAGACAGAUGCAGAGUUCUGUAGACAAAUGGUUGCUGGAGUGAACCCUGUAAUUAUCAGCCUUCUUAAGGAAUUUCCUCCAAGAAGCAAGCUCAAUCCAGAAAUCUAUGGCAAACAAGACAGCACAAUAACCCGGGAACAAGUGGAGAACAUGUUAGAUGGGCUAACAGUUGAUAAGGCAAUGGAGACAAAUCGGCUAUUCAUAUUGGAUCACCACGACAGCCUCAUGCCAUACGUCAGGCGAAUAAACGCGACGAGUACAAAGAUAUACGCCACGAGAACCCUGCUUUUCUUGCAAGAAGAUGGAACACUAAAGCCAUUGGCAAUCGAGUUAAGUCUGCCAAAUCCAAACGGGGAUGAAUUCGGCGCAGUUAGCAAAGUAUACACUCCAGGAGGAAAUGGAGUUGAAGGCUCACUUUGGCAGUUGGCUAAGACUUAUGUUGCUGUAAAUGAUUCCGGUGUUCAUCAGCUCAUAAGCCAUUGGUUACAUACACAUGCUGUGAUCGAACCUAUUGUGAUUGCAACAAAUCGGCAACUAAGCGUUGUUCAUCCGAUUCAUAAGCUCCUUCAUCCUCAUUUCCGUGACACAAUGACUAUCAAUGCUUUGGCUCGCCAAACGCUGACGAAUGCUGGAGGUUUUAUUGAGUCCACAGUUUUCCCUGGAAAAUAUGCAAUGGAAAUGUCAGCAGUUUUGUACAAAGACUGGGUUUUCCCUGAGCACGCACUCCCUGCAGAUCUCAUCAAAAGGGGAAUGGCGGUUGAAGACCCGAAUGCGCGACAUGGGCUCCGGUUGCUGAUUCAGGAUUACCCUUUCGCCGUGGACGGGCUGGAGAUCUGGUCAGCCAUUAAAACAUGGGUGGAGGACUACUGCAAGUAUUAUUACAGAUCCGAUGAAAUGAUUCAGGAAGAUGAAGAACUUCAAUCCUGGUGGAAAGAAGUCAGAGAAGAAGGCCACGGUGACAAGAAAGAUGAGCCCUGGUGGCCUAAAAUGCAGAGUCGUCAAGAACUGAUUGAUUCUUGCACCAUUAUCAUCUGGCUAUCUUCGGCUCUUCACGCAGCAGUGAAUUUCGGGCAGUACCCUUACGCGGGUUUCCUCCCGAAUCGCCCGACCUUGAGCCGGAGACUGAUCCCGGAACCUGGAACCCCGGAGUAUGAUGAACUCAAAACAGACCCUGAUAAAGUUUUGUUGAAAACGGUUCCUCCUCAGCUGCAGAUGCUGCUUGGGAUAUCUUUGAUUGAGAUAUUGUCAAGGCAUGCUUCGGAUGAGGUUUAUCUUGGACAGAGGGAUCAUGAAUGGACAAAUGAUGUGAAUGCAUUGGAAGCUUUUGAGAGAUUUGGGAAGAAAUUGGCUGAAAUUGAAGGGAAGAUUGUGGAGUUGAAUAACAAUCCUGGAUUGAAAAACAGGAGUGGAUCAGUUAAGGUUCCGUACACUUUGUUGUUUCCUACUGGUGAAGUUGGACUUUCUGGCAAAGGUAUUCCCAAUAGUAUAUCCAUCUAAAAUUAGACACACUCUUAUCAGGUCGAAGAUUGGAUACCAUUCUGAUUAAUUUUUUGUUUUUUUUUUUCGUUGUUUUUUAGUUCGUACAUCAGAAAAUGGUGUGUUGCAAAUCAAAAGAUAAUUAUGUCUUUCAGUUUUCAUAUAUACAUCAAGCUCUGGGUCAUUUAAAUUGUAUGUCAAUGAUCCACAUUGGUUUCAGUAUAGUAGUCAACCAAUAUGUGGUAUUGUACGAAUUCUGUGAGCAAGUUUGGGAGGAUUUCCUGCAAUAAUAGUAGAUGACGAUGUACUGGAGCAUAUUACGAUCCAAUAGAACAAUUUGUUUGUGUCCUUUAUAAUACUCCUUCCG